AUGGGUUCCCUGAAGGAAUUACAUCCUUUAGUUGCAGACCUCCUCAAGCGGCCUGAUCUUGAGGUUCUCACCGCGUCAUCCACGGACUGGGCCGACAUCCGUGCCAGCUACCUCAUCGACAACCCAGCAAAGCCUCUUGCCAUCGCCCGACCGAGGGACGCCUCAGAGGUGUCGAUUUUUGUGCAUGCCGCACGCAGUCAUGGAGUAAAGAUCAGCGUCAGGGGUGGAGGCCACGAUGUCUUCGGACGCAGCAUUGGAGACGGAUGUCUAGUGAUCGACAUGCGGCGCGUGAAGACGAUCAAGAUUGCUCAAGAUCGUCAGACGGCCACCAUCGGAGGUGGAGUUCUGAUCGGAGACGUUAUCGAGACGUUGACCUCUCAAAAGUUCACCACCCCAUUUGGAUAUAUGCCAACCAUUGGGUAUGCUGGGUGGGCCAUGAUGGGUGGAUACGGCUGGUUGGCGUCAAGGUUUGGUUUGGGAGUGGACCAAAUUCUGAGAGCUCGUGUGGUGACCUGGCAAGGCGACAUUAUCGAAGCGGAUGAUGAACUGCUGAAAGGUAUCCGAGGAGCUGGUGGUAAUUUCGGCAUUGUGGUGGAGCUGGGGAUUAAGAUUUAUCCUCUCGAAAAGGCAAGUUUCCUGGCGGGUACCAUCUUGUUCCACACAUCAAAGAUACGGGCGACUGUCCGCAAAUACUUCUCCGGUUACAACGCCAUGGCCAAAUCUCCCUAUGGAGGAGUAUCGCCCUUCUGGUACCCUAAACGGGACAUGUCAGGGUGGAUGUUCGCAGUCAACUUUGCUUGGAGUUCUCCAGACACGGAAGCUGGGAGGCAGUAUCUGGAGCAACUAGCCGCGUUGGCGGACGGGGCGGAUACAUCGAUGGUGAGGGAGAUGACCCCGACCGAACUGAUUAAUCUCAUUGUGUCGUGGACCCCAGGCAGAGUGUAUGGGCGGGAGGCAUGCAACGCCGUGAGUUUUGCAAAAAUCACGGAGCGGACAGCCGAUGUGGUGGGAGAUUUCCUGUCGAAAAAACCUGUGGACUCGGCCAAUGUGGUGUUGAUCCAUGAAAUGCGAGGCUCUUCGGCGGAGCCAGACCCGGGAUCUUGCUUUGGAGCGCGCCUCGCUCACUCUGUGAUGGAAAUAGUUGGCAUCACGAUCGAUCCGGCCAAUGUCGAAGCGUCCACCCAGCGGUAUCGGGAGUUGUAUGAGGCAUUGCAAGGCACGGGCGACGCGCUGGGAGUCUCGUAUGCGUCGCUGACGCAGACUCGGGACACGGAGAUCAGCCGGUUGUUUGGCGAGGACCAUCAAUUCGUGAUGGACUUGAAAAACAAAUGGGAUCCAGAAGGGCUGUUCGACAACACUGAACCAAGGCUGCGGGCUUGA